AUGGACGCAGACGAAGAGAAACGAUUAAAAGAACUGCUCAACGAGAAAGAAAGUGAGGUUAUGGCACUCAAGAAAAGAUUGUCUCAUUUUGAAAAGAGCAAAAACCCCGCUAUGGAUCUGUUCGAGAAGGUGACGCCUCUUGCCCCUUUAGAAGUUAGAUCUUCACUUUCCAACCAAGAUAUCAUGCGCUACAGCAGACAACUUCUGCUUCCUGACUUUGGUGUUCAAGAGCAGCUAAAUGUAUCAAAGACAUCUGUGUUGAUUGUGGGAUGUGGAGGUCUGGGGUGUCCUCUGGCACAGUAUCUUGCAGCAGCAGGGAUUGGACGUCUGGGUCUGCUUGACUACGAUGACGUGGAACUUAGUAACCUUCACAGACAGGUGCUGCAUGGCGAGGAGAACCAGGGACAAGCCAAAGCCCUGUCAGCGGCUUAUUCAGUUAAAAGGUUGAACUCAACUGUGGAGUGUGUCCCCUAUCACCUGCAACUCGGCAAACCUCUUGUGUCUGCGAGUGCCCUGAGAAUGGAGGGUCAGCUAACAGUUUAUAACUACAGUGGAGGCCCAUGCUACAGAUGUCUCUAUCCUGUACCUCCGCCUCCAGAGAUGGUGACGAACUGUUCAGAUGGAGGGGUGUUGGGAGUAGUUCCAGGCAUCAUGGGGUGUUUGCAAGCACUGGAGGUCCUCAAGAUUGCUUCAGGACAUGACUCUUCCUGUGGCCAACAGCUUGUGAUGUUUGAGGCCUUGGAGACCAGGUUCAGAUCCAUCAAGCUCCGCCCCAAGCAAGCCAACUGUGCAGUGUGUGGAGAGAACCCCAGUGUCACCCAGCUGGGGGACUACGAAACCUUUUGUGGAUCUGCUGCAACAGAUAAGUGCCCAAUGCUCCACCUCCUCUCCAGAGAUCAACGAAUCACAGUAAAGGAGUAUAAAGCAGUUUUGGACAGCGCGGACCCCCAUAUUCUAUUAGAUGUGCGUCCCAACGUGGAGGUGAACAUAUGCCACUUGCCCUUUUCCCUCAACAUCCCGCUCUCAAGUUUAGAGGAGAGGAACAGUGAUCAGAUCCAGUUACUAAGAGACAGAAUCAGCCAGUUGAAACAGCAGAUGGCAGCUGACUCCCAGCCUGCAGUUUUUGUGAUCUGUAAGGUUGGCAAUUUCUCCCAAAAAGCAGUGAAGGUCUUGGAAAAGAUGAGUGGAUCAGAAGUAGCCCAUAUCACAGUAAAAGACAUUAGUGGCGGUCUCAUGGCCUGGGCCAACACUGUGGACCCGACCUUUCCACAGUAUUGA